AUGUGCCGACAUCUCAAGUUUAACAAACCAACUCGAGGCUUUGCCCUGGAAGGUCAUGUGAUAAAAAUCCAUUCUAUAGGAUUACAUGAAUCCUGUAAAAAUCUGUGCACAAUGGAAAACCGGUGUGUCUCAUUUAACACCGGUCCAUCGGCGAAACCAGACAAUAUGGUGUGCGAGCUGAGUGAUUCUGAUGCCAAAAGACAUCCCGAAGAUCUUAAGUCACGAAUGGGCUUUUUUUACAGAGACGCUGAGAACUUAUGUAGCAACAUAAUUUGUUCCCAUAACGGAAGUUGUCUGACAGGAUUCACAGAUAAAGGAUAUUUUUGUGAGUGCAAAGCUGGUUCGGGAUUUACCGGACAACACUGCGAAAAAGAGAACUGGAAAAAGGUCAACAAUGCCGCUAUUUGCUUCGGGGGUGUAGAAAACACUCAAAGAAAUUUUUCAAUGAGGGAGUCCGGCCUGAUAUUUACAUUCAAGCUUGUUUACAGGAGUGGCGAUGGUAUCAAAUGUAAUCCUGGUGUUUCUUCAGCAUACUGGGGAUGUACGAGCCCUUUAGUGGGUGAAAAGAAACUUUUUACAGUCAUAACAUUUCCAAACAAGACUGCUCUACCGAUUGCAGACUACGCAAAAGAUACCUCUAGCUGCAACUUUAAGUAUCAUUCAUAUAAACUUAAUGGCACUGAUGUAAACUCAACCGAACUGGUAUUUAAAACAAUGUUUUCCCCUUUGCCGGUGUCAAUUGGCCAAGUAUUCCAAAUUUGGUAUGCGGAAGUCUUAGAUAAUUGCUAUUGGAAUAACAACAGUGGCGAGACAUGCGCUGAUGUUUACGCGUGGUAUGCUUAGGAUUAUUCCUUAU